CAAAAAAGACAAAGGGAGAAGGAUAUAAAGUUUUAGAAGUUUCUGCAAAGCAAUCUGCUAACUGAGCUUUAUGAAACACAUGGGAACAGACUUAGAACUUACUCAGGUCUUUAAAACUGGUGAAGUUGUGUGGCUUGUUAAAAGCAAUGUCAGGACCAUAAUUAAUCAGGAUACAAGUACACUUGUGGUUUGGGAAGAGUCCUCUCAACUCAGUCCCCCACUAGCUCACCCCUUUGUGUCCCCACUCACUCACAACUGCACUUCAAAGCAGUCUUUUCCCUCACCUCACUUUGCUGCUGCAGCAAGACAAGGAUCUGCAUCACUCAGCUCCUGGUCCCUGUGGCUACCACUGUGCAAAGUGCUGUCUGCACAUUAAAGCACUAAACUAGUGUAACAUAUCUAUUGCAGACCUUUAUCAGAAAUGCCAUUUAGGUAGAUAUCAGAUAUGAAAGAAUAACCAAAACUUAUUACUUUUCUUCCUGUGUGUACUGCAGUUAGUCACACAGAAGAAGUGCUCCUUUCAGCAUGGCCUAAGCUGGACACAAAUCUGCUCAUAGAUCCACUCAAAAGAUCAGUUUUAGGCUAGGAAUAAACCACCAGGUAAAAUAAAAUCAGGAACGGCUUCACUGCACUGAUCCAAACAACCAGCAAUCAUUCCCAGCCUUCUGCUCAUGUUUCCAGGCCCUGACUGCAGGCUCACGGCCUGAGGAAGGACACAAGGUACAACUGCAAGGUGGCAGCAGGUGAAAGAGCAGGAAGGCUUGCUUUUAGCUGAACAAGCAAGCCAGAAAGAAGGGAACUGGAGCUCACUGCUCCUGUGAAAUCCAGCAGAGAUAUCAUGGAGAAACAGAACUAAAGCAUGUGAAGUGUGUAAGAGGGAGAGGCAGCGGCAAAAGCAGCAGCCCAGAGGGAUGGCCUGCAGCAAUAGAGCUCCAAGGCGUUACCAAGCGAACCCUCUGGCCUUGCAUGCCCAGAGACAUCUGACACAGCCAGAGCAACCUGACAGCCCUGGGCAGACACGGAGGAUGCCUGGGAGGCUGGUGGCAAACACUGACACUGAGCACAGGACAGGGAGUGGGGUGGGCAGGGGUAAGCCCUGACACGUGUGCUGGGCCCACACAGCUGCCAGGCACCGCCAUGGCGGGGACGGCCCAGGGCGAUUCCAGCCCCGAGCAACGGGUUCUGGCGUUGCUAACAACCCAAGCGAUGGGUUCCAUGGGCACCAAGGAUGGAACCGAGGCGUCUCCAAGCGACAAUUGUGGUGUCACCUGCCCUGACCGCUCGUACCUGGGCACGGAAUCUGAGCCAGCCAGCCUGCGCAAGGACUCCAGCCGAGCAGGACGCGAGGUGUGGAGUGCCAGGCCUUGGAGCUGGCAGUGAGCUGAGAGUUGGUCACAGCACUCAGUCAUUCACUCCAGAGCCAUCAAAGGACAUUCCCCGGCCAUGCCAGGUUCAGGCAGCCGGGGCUUGAGGAAGGUGCGCUCACAGCAGCCGAGCAUGGAAGGCACUGCUGCAGAAGCAGCAAGGGGGAGUAGCUCACCAUCCCAAGUUCCCCCCAGCCCACUGCAACACAGGGGCAGCACAGACACAGAGGUGAAGGACCGCUGUCCCAUCUGUCUGGACAGCUGGAGUGAGCCCAGCUUUGUGAUGCCAUGCCUGCACUGCUUCUGCUAUGCCUGCAUCCUGCGGUGGGCCAACAACAAAACCCGGUGCCCCCUGUGCAAGCGGAAGAUGACCACCAUCCUGCACUCAGUGCGGGCAGAUGAUGAUUUUGAGGAGCAUGCCAUCAUUCCACCCAUGAUAACACCAGUAGUCAUCCCAGCAAUAAGAGCUCACAGAGAGCCAGAUGCUCCCAACCUCCAUCACCUUGGAGCACAUCAACAGUGGGAGACAGCGGGAGACGUCCAGCAUUUCGUAGGCGGCUUCCCGCUCCCAAACUGGAUGAGCUGUUUCUCUGCCAACUCAGCAAUACAGCAGACCCUGUACUCAUGGUUCUGUCAGAGCUUGGAGAUGCUGUUUGAAACAUCAACAUCCAGAGCCCAGCACAGACAUGUCCCUGAGCCGCAGCAUUGCGGGGAGGAUCACCACCUGCCACCACACACCCAGGGUGCCACAGGGCAAGAGGACAGCUCAUCAUCUCUUACCCCAGGUCCAGCAAGAUCCAGUGGGGAUGAGAUGCCUAGCACCUCAUCUAGUGCCAAUGGUUGGGGUCCAAAGACACAGCCCUCUGCUUCCACCACCAUCCAUGUGGAACAAGAGCCCCAGGAGGAACCAGAGAAGCUUUGCCCAGGCACUCCUAAUUCCAUAAAGGGCAGUGAUCCUUCAACUGGGGGACCACAGCGACCACUAAAAAGGAGGGCCAGCAGCCCCAAAGGCUCUCCAGCUCGCAAGAGGCCACGUCACUGAGACUGGAGGGUGCCUCCAUAAAUCAGUUUCACUUGCUGCCAAGGAGUCAUUAUUGAAAUCGCAGAAUAUGCUGAUCCAUCACAGUCAUUGAGCCCAACUCCUGGCCCUGCAGAGGAGACCGAAGAAACCCACCAUGUACCUGACAGAAUUGUUAAAAUGCUUCCUAACUCAGACAGGCUCAAUGCUAUGACUUGUUCCAGUGAUCAACCACCCUCUGGGUGAAAACAGUUUUUCCUGCUAUCCAACCUAAACCUCCCCAACAGCUUCACAUAAUUUCCUUGAGUUCUGCUACUGGUCCUUUGCUUCUCCUCAUAAGAAUGCUGAAGAUUAUAACAAAGUCUCACCUCAGUCUCCUUGAGGCUGAAUAAUAGUUAAUAUAUAGUUAUGUAUAGGUAAGAUAGUUUGAUAGAUAGAUACAUAGUAACAUAGAUAGAUAGGUACAUAGUAACAUAUUC